CACUAAAGUUUUGUAUUGUAUCGCGGCCUGUAGGUGCCUCAUUAUCAUGGGAUGGGCCUUAUCGUCGUAACCAAAACCCCCACUGGGUGUCUGGUGUGUCUCCCUCCUGUCCAGAGGAAAACUGGGACCUAAACUCGGGCCAAGGCGAAAUAUAUUUUGGAGAAAAUGCAUCGGUUAGUUAUUAAAAUUAACUUUCAGACUUCUUCUUCCUCGUAAAGAGCUGAGAUCGUUUUUGUGCUUGAAAUAAGUGCAGAGGAAUGCUGAGGAAAGAAAACUCCCGGUCAUACCAAGAGUUCAAUGAUGAAGAUGAUGACGAAGGCAUCACACAGUCUCCAGACUUUUUUGACGAUGCCACUGAAGACCUGGAGCACGAGGAGGAGGAGGAGGAGGAGCCGAACGGCAGCAUCUCACAAGCAGAGGAUGACAUCAGGGAGAGCAGCCCAUCGAUGCGAUUCAGUAAAACCUGCCUGAAGAACGUCUUCACCGUGGUGCUCAUCUUCAUCUACCUGCUGCUGACUGCUGUGGCAGCGUUCCUGGCCUAUCAGACUAUCUCUGACUUCCUGGACAAACUCAACCACCCUGUCAUGUCUGUCACCUACAAGGAGGUGGACUCGUUUCCUCCCCCUGGUAUCGCUCUGUAUCCUGGAAAUGCUCCUCUGCUGAGCUGCAACCAUUAUUACCAUGACUACAUCCCACCCUUAGUGGACCCAGGCAAGCCUCAAAAAUGGGACUGUGUGAUUGAGGAAGUGACUUACUAUGGGCCAUUUACAAAUCAAACAGAGAAAAGAGCUCUGGUGGUCCGUGGCCCUUCUGAUGUCAGAAACAAAGAGCUGAUCUUCAUGCAGUUCAGCCAGAAUGAAACAGAAGAGGACUUCAGUGCCAUCACUUACAUGCUUUUUGCCAACUUUAGUGAGCUGACUGACAGUGCAAAUAAAUCAGAGUUCAUGAGGGACUGUGAGAGGAAUUACUCCAUGUGGACCUUCUCUGGAGGUUUUAGAACCUGGGUCAAGAUGUCUUUAGUGAGGACGUCUGGGAAAAGUGAUGAAGCUGUCGAGUUUCGACAAGAGUCCACUGUGGUGAAAUUCAAUGAUAAGAGACCUGAACCAGAGCAAAGCAAUCAGCUCUUCUUCGCUGUUUUUGAAUGGCGGGAUCCUUUUAUGCAAGAAAUAAAACUGAUAGUGACUGCAAACGCCUGGAACUCCGUAGCCAUCCUCUGUGGGGUCUUCAUGGCGCUCUUCAAGGCUGCGAAUUUUGCCAAACUCACUAUUCAGUGGAUAAUCAAGAUGCGUAAAAGGCAUCUGAGGAAUAAAGCACGGGAACUGAACCAAAUCAGCUGAAACACUAAUGACACAAUCUUUCGAGAUUUAGAUUAUCCACGGGACUGAUCUGAGUUUUGUUUUAAACUUCUACAUGAUGGUGUUUUUUAAGGUCAGUACUCCAUUUUGUAGUCACUGGAAUCACAGGAUGAUUGACACAGUUUACAGAGAGUGAUGUGUUAUUACUGAAAGUUACUUCUAAAUUAAUAAUUUCAUAUCAUUUCCUAAAAAUGAUCAGUGUGAAAAUUAGCAUUUCAAAGGAAGAGAUAUUCCUGUACGCACAUAAAGGAAAAUGCCAUGAGGGUUUCUGAGUCUGGGUGUCUUGUCUGAAAAUGUGAACUUUGGUCAGAAGGUUGCUGGAUUUUGGAUCAGUUCUCGUCUUGAUAAUGUUGUUUUAAAGGGAAUAUUGUUGUCUUUCAUUUGUGUGUUAUGCUUUUUCAGAACAAUGCUGAGUAAUAUCCUGUUCAUAUCACAAAGUGUUAUCACAGAAAUGUAGCUAAACGGAGUUUAUACUGACACUAACUACUUGAUAAUAAUGAACCCCAAAGGGAUUAGAAACUACUUUUACUUACUUUGGAGCCAAAUAUUCCCUGGAUGAAUUAGUGUCCAAAUACUGCUGUUUUUAUUUGAUUUUAACAUAUGUAUUGUAAACAUGUAUCAGUGUAUUCAUUUUUAAAAUUGACUUGAAUUAUUUACUGGAUUGUUUAUUGUAUUUCACACACUAUGUUUUUAGAGAUUUUGGAAAAUAAAUAUAUAUUUUUCUGCCUGAAUUUUACAGUUUGUGAUGAAUAAAAACAAUUACAAUGGUGGAAAGUAA